UUGCGCAGGCAUUAUCUCGGUCAACUAAUACAUUGGUGGGUCCUUGAAAGCGUAGUCCAUUAGAGUGUAUCUCGACCGUUUGACAGGUGAGAGGUGUCAGCAGCAAAGACAGAGCUCGAACACAGAACACAAUGGCUUCCAUGUUGCUGAACACAAUGCGGAGCGGCUCUGUCAGCCCUUCCUGGGCGCUGCGGUUGGGGACACGCUCUCUCAGUACGACAACCCAGCUUCAGGCUCAGGUUCAGACAAAGAGUAAAAAGACUCUGGCUCGGCCUGGUGUGAAGAACAUCGUUCUGGUGGAAGGAGUUCGAACCCCUUUCCUGUUGUCUGGAACCACAUACGCCGACCUGAUGCCACAUGACUUGGCCAGAGCAGCUCUGCAGGGUCUGCUGCAUAAGACGGGUUUACCCAAAGAUGCUGUCGACUACAUCAUCUAUGGAACAGUCAUUCAGGAGGUCAAAACCAGCAAUGUAGCACGAGAGGCAGCACUGGGUGCCGGCUUCUCUGACAGGAUCCCAUCUCACACCGUCACCAUGGCCUGCAUCUCCUCCAACCAGGCAAUGACCACAGGUGUUGGUCUGAUCGCUGCAGGCCAGUGUGACUCCAUCGUUGCAGGAGGGGUGGAGUUCAUGUCCGAUGUUCCUAUCCGUCACAGCCGUAAGAUGAGGAAGACCAUGCUGUCCCUCAACAAGGCGAAGACCCUCGGCCAGAGGCUCGGUCUGAUCGGCAGCAUCCGGCUCGCACAUCUCGCCCCAGAACUUCCUGCUGUGGCAGAGUUCUCCACAGCUGAAACGAUGGGCCACAGCGCCGAUCGUCUGGCUGCUGCGUUCGGGGUCACCAGACUGGAGCAGGACGAAUUCGCUGUGCGGUCACACAGUCUGGCCAAAAAGGCCCAGGACGCCGGCCUGCUGGAGGAUGUCAUCUCCUUUAAAGUGCCAGGUCGUGAUAUUGUUACCAAGGACAACGGCAUCCGCCCCUCCACCAUGGAGCAAAUGGGCAAACUGAAGGCCGCCUUCAUUAAACCUCACGGCACAGUCACCGCCGCCAACUCCUCCUUCCUGACUGACGGUGCCUCUGCUGUGCUCAUCAUGUCUGAAGAGAAAGCUCUGGCUAUGGGUUACAAGCCUAAAGCCUACCUCAGAGACUUUGUCUACGUGUCCCAGGACCCCAAAGAUCAGCUGCUUCUGGGGCCAACUUACGGUACGCCAAAGGUCCUGGACCGUGCUGGCUUGACCAUGAAUGACAUUGACGUCUUUGAGUUCCACGAGGCAUUCGCAGGUCAGAUUAUGGCAAAUCUGAAGGCUAUGGACUCAGAUUGGUUCGGCCAGACGUAUUUGGGCAAGAAAUCAAAGGUUGGAGCUCCUCCCAUGGAGAAGUUCAACCUGUGGGGAGGAUCUCUGUCUCUGGGUCAUCCGUUCGGUGCCACCGGCUGCAGGCUGGUGACCACCGUGGCUCACCGGCUGCAGAAGGAGGGAGGACAGUACGGACUGGUGGCGGCUUGUGCUGCUGGAGGACAGGGUCAUGCCAUGGUGAUCGAGGCCUACCCCCAGUAAAACACCACCUGAUUGUCAGGUUCAUCGUGACGGCUACACACACACACAUACACACUAACAUCCAGACAACAGAGUGUACAUACAAGCACCACUUUGCCUUGAACAGAGUCCGAUACAGUAUGUGAGUGCGUUUUAGGAAUCUUGUGUAAAUUCAACUUUGCUUUUUCUGGCAGUUAAAUUAUAGCAGAAUGUUGUCGAGGAAAGUUGCUUAUGAUCUUUGUGGACUUUAAGGUGCAUCAUUUCAGCGUCGUCACUGAGUCGAAUGUAACAUAGCAAGAUUUAAGAACCCAGAGGAGAUAUAUCCUAAUGUUUAUAUACGCUGUAAUAUUUUGUUUCUUACGAACUGUUGGAAUUAAAGGGUGUGAUGAUGAUAACCACACUAACUCUCA